CGGCCCCCGGGGACCCGGCCGGGCAGGCAGCCGCUUGCAGCCGCAGCGCCGCCCGGGCGCAGGGGUUCGCGGCGCGGGCAGCCGCCCGCGGGCGGAUCGCAGCGGCGGGGCCGUGGCCUCGCUGGCUCUCCGGCCGCCCGCGUCCCCCGCGGAAGCCUCCCGGGGGCGGGGGGCCGGGCCGCCGCUGCCGCCUCGCUUCCCCGGCGCCCGGGCAGAACCAACACUAGCAGAGAUAUGAACAAUGGCUGGUCACGCCAAAGCUUCCCUGGAGCCAGAGGGCUUUUCUCCCCCGGGCUCACCUCAGCAAAGAGACCUGAUGGUCAGUUCCCAAGAGAUAACCAACCAGUUCGCCAGUGCCAGGAGCAAAGAGGACUGGGAGAACCUGGACGGGAGUGAGUUGAUUUUCACCUUGGAUAAGGACGAAGAGGAAGGAGCUGCCAAUUUGCCUGAGAACACAGUUCUGUAUGUGGACACCAGGCAGUGCAAAGGCCAACCUGGAUCUUCGUUCCACCGGCCAUUCCCUCCGGCUUCUCCUCCGGAGCUGGGCUUCCUGACCGACAUCCCCUUCUAUCACCUGCCUGGCUUCUCUCCACAGAGCUCCAUUGCCCCCCCGAAUCUGCAGGGCUCCCCAGGCCCCAAGCCCCUCAUUAACUUAGUGAAGUCCCUGUCGACCGAGAUACAAGCCAAGGAGAGCUGUCCUCUCAAGCCCCAGCCCUUGCUGAACUUGGUCAAGUCCAUUUCGACGGAGAUCUUCCACCUGGAGCCUGAGGUGACGCAGUCCAAAUCCGACUCGAAGCUCAACGUGCAUCUGUGGAGGCAGAUCACCCAGCCCAAGAGCAGAGACGGGGACUCCAGGACAGCACCCUCCUCCCCCAAUAUCUCCCCUUCAGAGAGCAAAGGCAGCUUCUUCAGGGCGCAGGAGGCCAAGUUUGAAGACACAAAGAGGAGGUUCUCCGAGGCCAUGCAGGAACCCCUCAGCAGGCUCAGCAAAAUCAUCAGGGAUGAGAACAGCGUCUCAGCCAAGUAUAAACUGCCUCACUCCAGCGCUUAUGUCCAUGACUCCCCGUCCAGUCACAGUGGGGACUGCACUAGCGCGGACGCCAAGGAUGCUAGGCCCAGCCCCGGGAAAGCCGAGAGCGACCGGCCAGGAGAGCACGCGAGCAAAGCAAUCCGGAGGACCCAGGAGAAGGACGGCUUCCCCUUGGAGCACAAGUGGGGGCCCGCCUUAAACUGCCGGUACGAGAUCUGCUCCUGGGGAGAUGUAAUCCAGGUGGUGGAAGUGGAGCAGAGCGAGAACAGCCCGGAGGAGGUGCAGCUGCGGCAGCCCCUGGAUGAGCUCCCCACAGCCCAGCCUGGCAGCCCGGUGCCAUGCAACACCCUCGCCUGCAUUGCCAUCUUGGCUUACAAUUACUUCAUCCUGCCUUUGCCCCCUUACCUCUCGGGCCUCUGUCUGGGACUGGCCUGUGGGUUCGUGCUGGGCUUCCUAGUCAUCCUGCUGUCUGUGCCAAAGCCUUCCCAGGCUCCCCGGCGCAGACAGUCCCCGCAGGACAAGCGGCGCUCGGAGCUGCUAACAAGGAAGCCACGAGAACCAGACGUCCUCAAGAGCUGGAUGAAUGAGAUGUAUUUCUACGACCCGGAGAUCUACCACCCAUCGCUCACUCACUCAGUGUUUGUGACGCUGGAAGGCACCGCCAUGAAGCUCUCCUACCCCAAGAACAAUGUCCCACGCCGAGCCGCCUUUGAAGAAGAAACACUCGACGUGGCCUUUGUCAGCCAUCGGUACUACAACAUGAGCAAUGCCCAGGUUUUUCUCUUCCCACCGGGCCUGGCCCGAAAAAGGAUGUGGAACAAGAAAUAUCCCAUCUGCAUUCUGUUCCCAGACCAAGAGGACCAGAAUUUCAGAAGCUCAAAUGAGCAUGACAUGGACCUCCCAAGAGAUGAAAUCCUGAAAAUGACUCAGACACCAGGCCAGGCCGUCCCUCUGAAGCCUCCAGGGGACCUCCGGGAAAGGACCCUCUACCUCUUUGGAAGAACAGGAAGGGACAAAGAAGAGUGGUUCCAACAUCUUAUGACAGCCUCCCAAUGGGACUGUCACGAGAUGCAAAGUGCCAGCUGGGGCGAAGGCAAAUUCGGUUUCGGUCCGAACCAGCUCUCCAGCCCUUCAGGAAAGGGCAUCUGCAGCAGUGGCAGCAGCUGGGGAAGCACAGAAGACGUCCCUUUGUUGUUCAGACCCAAGGAUCUAGCUGGGACCCUCCGGGAGAAGAUUCUUCUAGAUUACAGCACCUACAUAUCCCGGUUAGUCCAGCCAGAAACGGGCACCAGCCCCCUCCAGAGCCCCUGUCACAGCGCCAUGGGCAGCCCAACCACCCAACAGUUCCUCAGGGACAUGAAUGGCAGCAGUGAACUGUCCAUGGCUUGGAUGAAUGCACUGGUUGGGCGAAUCUUCUGGGACUUCUUGAGGGAGAAAUAUUGGAUGGACCAAGUGUCAAACAAGAUCCAGAAGAAGUUAAGCAAAAUCAAGCUCCCGUACUUUAUGAAUGAGCUCACGCUCACCGAGCUGGACAUGGGGACAUCCAUCCCCCUCGUUCUCAGUGCCUCCAGUCCGAUCAUUGAUAACCGAGGGCUUUGGGUGGACGUGGAAGGAGUCAUCUACAACGGCUCCCUACAGAUGACACUGGAGACAAAGAUGAACUUGUGCAAGCUGGGGAAAGAGGCAUUGGUGGGAGGAGAGUGGGCAAGACGGCUGCUGGUGGGGAAGGGUAAGGAGGGGGCCAAACCUCGGGUGAUCCUGCUGGCAGACAGCGAUGCAGAGUCCUCCAGCGCCGGCUCCUCUGACGAGGAAGACGUCCUUGCAGCAGAGCCUUCUGGAGCCCUGGGAGAGAGGAUCGUCCCCCCUCCUGCUGAAGGCCAUGGCGGCGGCAACAGCACCAGCCGCAAGAUCCUGCGCUUCGUGGAUAAGAUCGCCAAGUCCAAGUACUUCCAAAAGGCCACUGGAAACGAGUUCAUCAAGAAGAAGAUCGAGGAGGUGUCCAACACGCCGCUGCUGCUGACGGUGGCAGUCCAGGAGCUGGCCGGGACCGUGGCUGUGAACAUUCCUCCACCCCCGACAGACCGAAUCUGGUACAGCUUCCGAAUCCCUCCCCAGCUGGAGCUGAAAGUCCACCCGAAGUUGGGCGAGCGGGAAGUCACCUUCAUCCACAUCACGGAAUGGAUUGAGAGAAAGCUGCAGCAUGAAUUCCAGAAAAUUUUAGUGAUGCCAAACAUGGAUGAUCUCAUCAUUCCCAUCAUGCACUCCGGCUUGGAACCCCAGCCCUCCAUUGAGGGGCCAUUCAAGGACCUUCCAGCGGAUAGCCAGAAGUGGCUCUGAAGAGUGACCCACUGGCUGGGUCAAGACACUUGGCAGAACUCUGGAGGAUUUGCUGAGAUGCCCAGCUAACCUGAGCCUGGCCAUCGGUCGCCACACAGGAGCCAAGAUGCUGGUCUGAAGUCUCCCAGUUCAUCUCUCCAUCUCGUCUUCAGCAUCCCCCAGCUCAGCAAAGGAGUCUCUUCUUCAAAUAUGACGCAGAACAUUAAGGACAGAAACAUACACCCCCAGGGGAGGAGCAAGUUGGAGUCACCCAAGCAUACAAAACUCCAGGUAGCUCAUCCAUCACCACCAGGUUCCUCUGGAUUAAUACAACUCCUUUGCAGCCAGGUGGGCAUCUUCUGUGCUAGCCAAGGCAGGAACUUGCUCAGCACUGUCUGCUUUACAAAAGGGGGUGCAAGAAACUCGGGGGGGGGGGUGGGAGAGGGUUGCUUGAUGUCCAAGAAGUGUUAAUCAGACGUUGCGAUCAGAAAUGGCCCAAGCUUAUUGCAUCAGCACUGGACCUCCUUUAAAUGGGCAGCCGGGUCUGCCAGGAAAACUGCAGGCAGGAAAUGAACUGAAACACAGACAAAAAACCCAUAACCCUCAUUGCCCAUACAAGUAUUUUAUUGUACUCUGAGUCUCACCACCACCCAGCAGGCUGAAUGGAAUUGUGGGUAUCCCUACGGCAUCCACACAAAUUGGACACAUAACAGUGAGGUUACCUGGCUCUGACAGCCCCAGCCCUGGGGAGGGGAGGACCAUGUGCCCAUCAGCCUGGAACGAAGCGCAUGGGAGGUACAG